AUGAAGGGAAGAAGAUGUGUUUAUUUGGCAAUAGUGUUGCUGCUACUGCUUUUAUCAUCACCUCUUGAGACAUUGCAAGUCUCGACUUUCCCAACUGGUGGAAGAUGCAGAAGACGUAGAGUGCAAUCUUUACAUUCGGAAUUUUCACGGGUGCGUCCACAAGACAGCGGUUCAGAUAGCAAUGCAGACAGCAGCUGUUCGCCGCCGGAUGGUCAGUGGAAGACUAAGACAUAA